UAUAAAGUGAAGUGUGUAGUGAAAAUGCUAAAGACAGAAACGUUUGCGAAACUGUUCUUUCUCCUCAGCUGUACUGGUCUUCUGAUGUAUGUUGUUCUCGCCUUUUACACAUUCCAUACAGCGUAUACUUCGAUAUCUCAAGUACAAAAGUAUCGUGAACGUAUACAAAAUAAUUCAACCGCUGAUGCGUUAUUAGAGGACAGAUUUACUAACGAUUUAAAAUACAUUCUUCUAUGGCCGAUACCUAAUGUAACGAACAAAAUAAUCGAAGACGGGCAAAGUGUGUUCAUUAACUACAAUUGCACAUACAUUAAUUGUUACUUAGCAAGUAAUAAGUACCUUUUGAACGGUGAUUAUAGAAAUUUCGAUGCAAUUAUACUAAAUGCGAGUAUUUUCACAUCGUGGGAUGUAAAAAAUAUACCAGAUAGAAGAUCAACGAGACAGAAAUUUGUUUUUUAUAGCGAACUACCCUCAGAUUCCGCUCCGAUGUGUAAUAUAUGCGCUGAAAAUUAUUUCAACUGGACAUGGACAUAUAAAUUGAGUUCCGAUAUACUAAGACCUUUGAUCGAAGUGCGUAAUAUGAAUAACGAAAUAGUAGCACCGAGAGAAAAUGUGAAAUGGAUUAAUAAUGUAAUGCCAAGUAAAUUGAAUACCUUCGAAAUGGGACGUGUUAAAAAAGAUGUGGUUUGUAUUAUUAAUAAUUGCCAGAAAAGAAACGAGACUAUUGAAUACGCGAAGAGAUUAAAAGCAAUCUUAGAUCGGAAAGCACUUGUCCUUGAUUUAUUUGGAUGUCAAUUUCUGAAAUGUUCUGAAGAUUGUUUAAAUGAAAUUAAAAAUAAAUACCAUUUUUAUUUAGUUUAUGAAGAUAGUUUUGCGGUUGAUUAUGUUAGUGCUGAAGUUAUUAAGGCGUAUGAUUCUGGUGCUAUUCCUAUUAUGAUUGGUGGCGCCGAUUACCAAAAAUUUCUGCCAGAAGGAUCAUAUGUAAAAGCCCGAAAUGUAACUGUACAUAAAUUAGCUGAAACGAUUGAACAAAUAGUCGAAAACCCAUCCAUUUACAACAGUUUCCAUAACUGGAGGCAACAUUAUGUUAUCAAACGUACAAGACAAUUGGAAGGAAUCUGUGAUUUAUGCAGCAAUCUUAACAAUAAGAGAAUAUUUAAGAGGAAGACUGCUGUUCGGAAUUUCAGACAUUGGUGGUAUUAUGGAUCUAAAUAUGAAAAUUGUAACAUAGAUCCUGAUCCCUCCGUACAUACACGAGCUGGUUUAAAAGAAUCAGAUCUUAAGUCUUAUUAUUAUGGUUUAAAAAAUAAGUAUCGCUUAGAAUCAUUAGAGGAUUAA